CAAAUGACUGAAAGUACCACUCUACUACUAUAUGAUACGAUACAAGUUUGAUAAUGAGGUAUCUCGAAACUUAGACGAUGUAUAAAUAUGCUUCCAAGCGCCAGUCUCAUUCAUGAGUUCUAUACAACAUCAGAUCCAAUUCCCCAUUUUCCCCUGACCGUCAGCCAAACACUCAGGCUCCGUCCAACACUUACGCCCCAAACCUCAACUUGAACUAUUCAAGCGCCAACUCAGCAAUACCCACCUCACUCACUCUAAUUCAGAGCAACGAGACUGAACCACCAAGAUGCCCUCCGAGUCCCCCUUCCGCAAAGUCCUCCUAAUCGGCGCAACCGGCUCAAUCGGCUCGGUAAUCCUCCGCGCUCUUCUCGCCGAACCAACCCUCUCUGUCACCAUCCUCCGCCGCGAAUCCUCCUCCUCCUCUACCAACCCCCCCAAUGUCACCACCAUAACCGUCCCAGACACCUACCCCACCGCCUCGCUCAUCCCCGCCUUCACCGGCCAGGACGCCAUCAUCAGCUGCCUCACGACCCUUUCCACGCGCGACCAACUCCGUUUCAUCUCCGCCGCCAUCUCCGCCGGAGUCCGCCGCUACCUCCCCAGCGAAUACGGCCUCAACAACAUGCGCGCCGACGCACAAUCUCUUUGCCCGCCGGUCUUUGGCGCCAAGGGUGCCGUGCAAGCCCAUCUCCGCGAGGCGGCAGACAAGGGGCUGAUUGAGUGGACCAGCAUCAGCUGUGGUAUGUGGAUUGGGUGGUCGAUGCGGAAUAAUUUCCUGGGUAUGCGGGUCCGAGACAAGAAGUUUGAGAUGUGGGAUGAGGGCGAGGGGAGGUUUAGUGUUACGACUGAGGAGAAUACGGCGUUGGCGGUGGUGAAUGCGUUGGUUAAGAUCCCUGAGGAGACGAAGAAUACGAAUGUGAUGAUUAGUGAGAUGGUCGUCACGCAGAAGGAGUUGUUGGCGGAGAUUGAGAGGCAGACCGGGAACAAGUUUGUGGUUGAGCGGGUGAACAGCUAUAAGAAGAUCCCCGAGCUGCAGGCGGCGUAUGCGGGCGGGGACGUUGCGGCUGCGUAUGGUCUUAUUGAGGCCGGGUUUGUGACCGGGCGGUAUGGGGGUGAUCUUGAAAAGGAGGGAGAGUUGUUUAAUGACAGGCUUGGGCUGAAGGGGCAUACGCUCCAAGAGGUUGUCGCUGAUGCUUUGGCGAGUCUCUAGCGAGUCUGUCCCCUGCAAGUGUGAGAAAUCGGAUUGGAUUGAUAGGCUCAUAGAUGGGUU